UAAAUAUACAUUGUAGAUCACGCAGUCCACGCAGCUCAGCAUACUCGGUGGCAGCGGCUAGAGUCACAUUUCCGUGGCGGUGUAAACAAACGCAGCUCCGAGUCUGGUUCAGUCCACUACCUGGGUGCCUUUGAUUACAUUUAAAAUGGCAAUCCCCAUUGCAGUCCUGGACUGUGACCUGCUACUCCAUGGCCGUGGGCACAAAACUCUGGAUCGAUUUGACAUUGAAACAGUGUCAGAUGAGUUUCUGUUGACCACAUUCGGUUUUCCACGUGAGUUUAUUUAUUACUUGGUGGACUUACUGAAAGAGAGCUUGUUAAGACGCACUCAGAGGUCGCGAGCAAUCAGCCCGGAUGUUCAGAUCCUUGCAGCUCUGGGAUUUUACACCUCAGGCUCCUUCCAGAGCAAGAUGGGCGAUGCCAUUGGAAUCAGCCAGGCCUCCAUGAGCCGCUGUGUUUCGAACGUCACUAAAGCUCUAAUUGAGAAGGCACCAGAGUUCAUCGGCUUCAACCGCGAUGAGGCCGCCAAGCAGCAGUCUAAGGAAGAGUUCUACAGAGUGGCGGGUAUUCCAAACGUCAUAGGGGUCGCGGACUGUGCUCACAUAGCCAUUAAGGCACCUAAUGCUGAGGAUUCAUCUUAUGUCAAUAAGAAAGGCUUCCACUCCAUUAACUGCCAGCUGGUAUGUGAUGCCCGAGGGCUCCUGUUGAGCGCUGAGACACACUGGCCUGGCAGUUUAACGGACCGAGCUGUAUUUAACCAGUCCAGUGUGUGCAAGCUAUUUGAGGAACAGGUGAACCAUGAGGGCUGGCUGUUAGGAGAUAACCGCUACCCUCUGAGAAAGUGGCUGAUGACUCCGGUUCAAAAUCCUGAGACUCCAGCAGACUAUCGCUACAACGUGGCCCACACGGCCACGCACGAAAUUGUGGACCGUACAUUCCGGGCUAUCCAGACACGCUUCCGAUGCCUGGAUGGAGCCAAAGGUUAUCUGCAGUAUGCGCCUGAGAAAUGUUCUUGCAUAAUCCAGGCCUGCUGCGUGCUCCAUAACGUCUCACUGCAGACAGGACUGGAUGCCUGGACUUUCGAGAGGACUGAAGCCACAGACCAGUCUGAGGAAGACAGCGAUCUGCCAGGAAAAGUGGACUUGGAGGCGCUAAGAGUCCGAAAGGAACUGAUCCAGAAUCACUUUAGCUAGAAUGGAGCUGGAAAGACAUUUCUAUGGAUUAGAUUUGGCUUCUUAAGAUAGACAGAUAAUUUUUCUUUGUUAGUACUUCUCAGUGAAAGUGCAUGGAUUCAGACUAACCAUGAGUCUGCACUAUAAUUGUUUGACAUUACGUGGAGCAUAUUAAUUAUCUAAAUAUGAUAUAUCCCCUCUGGACACACAUACACAAAUAUGAUUAAAAA